AUGGCACCACGCGCAAAGAGCACUGCAGAGGCGUCCGAGCCGACGAGGCGAUCGACUAGGAUAUCGUCCCAGCCCAAAAGCGAGCCGGCGACAGAGGUGAAGAAGGCCGCGCCGAGGGCGAAGAAACGGACUGCAGACGAAGGCGGUGACGAGACCCCUGCAGUGAAGAAAGCCGCCGCCGAGGCACCCGACACCGAAGAAUCGAACGAAAACGAGUCCGCGACCCCAGAGGCUGCGAAGCUCGCCACGAUCGACGUCGGCGACGUGCUCCCCUCGCUCACGCUCAAGAACGAAAAAGGCGAGGACGUCGACGUCGCGACGCUCGCUGCCGACAAGGGCGUCAUCUUCUUCCUCGUCCCCAAGGCCGACACGCCCGGGUGCACAACGCAGGCCUGCGGGUUCCGCGACGUCUACCCCGACUUCACCGCGCACAAUUUCGCCGUCUACUGCCUCAGCGCGGACAGCCCCAGCGCCCAGACCAAGUGGCAAGACAAGAAGGAGCUCCCGUACCCGCUCCUCUCCGACCCGCAGCGCGUGCUGAUCACCGCGCUCGGCGCGGGCGAGGGCGGCAAGACGAAGCGGAGCCACUUCGUCUUCGAGAAGGGCGGCAAGCUCGUCGAGAAGAAGAUCCCCGUCAAGCCUGCGGACAGCCCGAAGCUCGCGCUGGAGUACGUCAAGAGCGUCGCGGCGGCCGCGUAG